UUUCAUCGAAUAAAUAAUACUUAGUUCGGGAGAAUUUGGAAAAUCAUCCGUAAUAAAAUGUGACGCGAAGACCAAAGGCGUGCCAAAAUCUUGCCUCUCAGUAGUAUAAAAAAAUACUAUUUACCUAUUUAAGACUUAGCUAUACACAAUUUGCAUAUGGUGUGUCUAGUUACAUACCUCUUUGGUGCACAAAUUAGGUUACUGCCACCUACUCUCCCCAUAUUUCAAACGCUAAAUAGGCCGCUUCGUGAUCGCGGACAGUUUGUUUUGCUAAACGUUGUCGCAACCAUUCAGCUAACUUGCGAACACUUUACGUUAGGAACUUUUGCAUAUCGACACUACUCUGAACGAGGCCGAUAUAAUCCAUUGAAAAAACCAAGUACUUUAACAUACUUUUUACGUAUUUUUUCAAGCUUUUUAGUUUACAUAUCCCGUCUGUUUGUAAUCAAAACUCUCUCGCUUGCAAACUCGCUCUAGAUAGUAAAAUUUCCACGUUGCUUCUGACAAUCCAAUAUUGUGAUAAGUGUUACUUGAUUGUGCACCCAGGCUCCAAAUGGGGAAACUCCUCAACUUUACUGUACCACUGCACAAGAUCUCAGUGACGAUUAACUUAUUUAAAUGUCAUUUUUUUUUGUACAAAACUGAUUUUGAUCAGAGCUUCCAAACUGAUAAGUAUACAGUUACUGUUAUAAAGCAAAUCCAGCAAAACACGUUACGAAAGUCGCUCGAGAAUAUCAAAAGGUAAAUAACAAUUGUGGUACAAAUUCGCACAUUUUAUCGCCUGAUAAAAUUAUGUUACCAGUCAUAAUGCAACUAUUGUAAGGUUCGCUCGAUCUGGAGUAUCGUCUGGCUAUUUUGUAAACACACUCAAUCACGGUUGAAAAUAGCAAACACUUGGUGGGAAACGCUGGUGCGAAUUCUGCAUAAGUGUAUUAAUGACACAAUGGACGCGCGGGUCGCCGCCCUGCUUUCCAUCGCGGUUUGUGUCACCGCCCCCUAUGUCCCGAGAAGAUGUAUAUUGUUUCAAAGAGUCUGUGUCUCCCACUGUCCGCGACUAAUGCACGCGUAUCACACCAGAUGUGACAGAGACACACUGUCACAACGCACGUGUUCAUCGCCAGUAAUUCACAGCAUAGGUUUCACGUGCGGUUGGUCCCGGUGUGAUUGCAACGGGCCCAUGAUGUACGACGAAGUCCAAGGUUUUUGUGUUCAUGCAGACGAAUGCAUUAAUUUGAAGGGGAAGAAGUUGAAAAACAAAAGGCGCAAGCAUAAAAACAGGAUAUCAAAGAAACUACGACUUGACGACGAAGAUGAAAUGAUGGAUAAAAGAUUACGAACUUAAAGCAUACGUAAUGUGGUUGAUUCUUGUCCUUAAUAAAAUAAAUAAACAGUUUACGGGUAACACAAUCACAGGCUAUGGCUAGACAAUACUUUAAUGCCGGCUCCAAAAUGUCGUCGAACAGUUUGCCAAACUUUGGCGGAUUCGGUUGACAUUGCUGAUUUUUCAUUGCGGUUAAAAUAAAAGCGCUUCACUUCAAACAUGUUCACGCAUUCGCGUCGGCAUGUGUCCGAGUUCGACGACAGUGUGGAGCUGGCAUAAUAGAAAACAAGUAAGGUAUUUGUUCUGAGCUGGGAAGCAAACCCAGGAUUAUUCAAUUUAAUUAAGGCCAUUAUUCAAUUUCUUACACUUCACCGUUUGUUUGUUGUUCUGUUUUUAGAUUGUUCUUAGAUUUGUUUUUAUAUUAAAGUACAGUUGGAGGGUCAGAUGAAUCUGACCCUCACCUUAGUAACUUGCUACCAGGGAGUCAGAUUUCUGCCCGCGACUGUACAUAAGUAUAUUAUCAAGAAUUAUUCCGAUACAAAUUAUCGCUUAAUUACUUACUUACAUUCUUUCUCUUUCACUUCUAAACCAAGUAAUAUAACUACUUAAACUUUGAUGGGUGUGUAAUUCAUUCAUUCAUAAAUCACAACUAUAAAUAGAAGAUGGUUCUAGCAAUAAACACAUUUUUUUCAUAAAAAAAAUUAAGCUUUUUUAUUUUUAACGCUGUAAUUCAAUAUGUACCUAGGUAUUUCGUUACCUACAUAGGUUGUAGAGCCAAAGUAUAAGCUGACAUAUAAUGUAGUAGCAAGUUGCAGUCACAGGAUUUCCAUAGACGUAUUAUUUUAUCACCGUCUUGUGCCAUAUAGGCAAUAGUUUUGCCUACAGUAUACCCUCAUGUUUGCUGUGCCCUUGCAGGGCGUCAUUUGUACUUAUAAUUAUAUUUAUGUAACAACUUCGAACUUGUGGCUUGCAAUAAAUCUGAAUCUGAAUCAGUUUGUGGCAAAAUUUGGCGGAUUCAACG